GUCUACAUCAACAGCUGUAGCUUACAUUCCUUGCACUCCCUAUCAUAAGCUCAUUCACUGGUCAAGGCAGGCCACCAUGGACAUGGACAUGAGCUCGACUUAUCCUCACAAUUGGCUCUCCUUCUCCCUCUCCAACAACUACCACCAUGGCCUCCUUGAGGCCUUCUCCAACUCGUCCUCCGCUCCUCCACUUGGAGAGGAGAGCGCCGUGGAGGAGUCGCCGAAGAUGGAGGACUUCCUGGGCGGUGUCGGCGGCACGGAUGCCCCGCCGCCGCCGGCUGCAGAGGAUCAGCUUGUAUGCGGCGAGCUGGGUAGCAUCGCCGCCGGGUUCCUGCGCCGCUACCCGACGCCCGGGACGGUGGAGAACCCCGGUGCGGUGACCGUCGCAAUGGCGACGGACGUGGCGGGGUCCGAUCAGGCGAGGAGGCCCGCCGAGACGUUCGGGCAGCGCACAUCCAUCUAUCGCGGUGUGACUAGGCACCGGUGGACAGGGAGAUACGAGGCGCACCUGUGGGACAACAGCUGCCGCCGGGAAGGCCAAAGCCGCAAAGGCCGCCAAGUCUACUUAGGAGGUUAUGAUAAGGAGGAAAAGGCGGCGAGAGCUUACGACCUCGCCGCGCUGAAGUACUGGGGGCCAACCACCACGACGAAUUUCCCGGUGUCCAACUACGAGAAGGAGCUGGAGGAGAUGAGGUCGAUGACGCGUCAGGAGUUCAUCGCGUCGCUGCGCAGGAAGAGCAGCGGCUUCUCACGAGGCGCCUCCAUCUACAGAGGAGUCACAAGGCAUCAUCAGCACGGCCGGUGGCAGGCGAGGAUCGGCCGGGUGGCCGGAAACAAGGACCUGUACUUGGGCACGUUUAGCACCCAGGAGGAGGCAGCUGAGGCGUACGACAUCGCGGCCAUCAAGUUCCGCGGGCUCAACGCCGUGACCAACUUCGACAUGAGCCGCUACGACGUCGAGAGCAUCCUCAACAGCGACCUGCCGGUCGGGGGCGCGGCGGCCAGCCGCGCCUCCAAAUUCCCCCUGGACUCGCUGCCACCAGCGAACGCCGGUGCAAUAAUCACAGUGGCGGCGUCGCAGGACAUGCCGCCCUCCGAGAAGGACUACUGGUCUCUACUCGCCCUCCACUAUCAGCAGCAGCAGCAGCAACAGCAGUUUCCAGCUUCUGCAUUUGAGGCCUACGGCUCCGGCGUGAACGUGGACUUCACAAUGGGCACAGGUAGCCACAAUGGCAGCAACAGCAGCAGCGGUGUCAUGUGGGGUACUACUACUGGUGCAAUGGGACACCAAGACAGCAGCGACAACAAGCAGAGCAACAGCUAUGCCAGCAACAUUUCUUAUGCUGCCGCUGCUGCUAUGGUCUCAGGCUCAGCUGGCUAUGAGAGCUCCACCGGCAACAAUGGCACCUGGGUUACGAGUAACACGAGCACGGCUCCCCACUACUACAACUAUCUGUUUGGAAUGGAGUAGGUGAACUGACUAGCUAGUUAGCUGAAGUGAGGUGAUAGGCCUAGGAAGCUAGGACUGACAUGGAACUGAUCAAAAUCUUGGCUGCUGCAUAUGCCAUGUAUGAAUGUGAUGCAUCCUUCUGAUAUUCUUAAUAUUCUCUGGCAUAGUUCUGUAGCAGAGAUCUCAUGUACCAUCAGCAUCUCUAAAUUCUAAUUCAAGCUCAUUUUU